CUGAACAUCAGAGAGGCCUUGUGAUUAGCGAAGACCGAAGGAGUUUCUUUUGUUUUUAACUGACUUGAUACCCACCACCACUACGCGCCAAAACCCGUGAACGUGAGGCAUCCAACGAAGCUGAGGCAUCCGUCUAUACAGGUGUGCGACCAGUUGAACUCACACAUCUGUAGAAGCAACUCUCCAGCGCACACAAUAGCUUCGCCAUGUGGCGGGUUCGAAAUGACGACAUCGCUGCUUCGACGCCUUAAGCGCUAGACAAACAUCAACUCCAGCCAGCUACAUGACUUUGGAACAUGCACGAGGAUAGCCCAGUGGUGCUCGCUCGAUAAUGAUUUCCCACACGAGUCGCUUAUCCCAAACUCCAACUCGCGCACGUGACAGGCAAAUUAACCACUUUUGAAAGGUGAUGACGAAGACGGCGGCAUUCUACGGAGGUCAUUGAAGGUCAAAUUGACGACUUGGGCUCUUUCUCAGAUCUGCAAAAAGACAUAAUGAGAUGAAUACAAACUAGGAGUCGAUCAUUUUGCUCUCUGGCUUCUAAAAAGCACGUCGCUCUUGAAACUUCGUCCUACUAUUGUUGGCCUGAUCAGAAUUUAGUUUCCAGCUUUAUUCUCAUCUUCAGUUAACCCUGAUAUGACGUUUACCUGUGACUAUGUAUAGUCUUGCAAUGUGUAUAUUUUAGUGUAGAGUUUUACUUGAAUGGUGCCACGAAAUCUCCUCUGGGAAAAGAUACAAUGGGAUGAUUACGCGCAUUUGUGCAGUGGCAUUUGCCUUGGAAUCAGACCAUGAGGAAGCAGCGAAAAGGCAUGUUAAGGCAUACGUGGAUGCCAUGGCUUGUUCCUUACUCUUAAUCGAUUUGCGUCAAAAGAUUGUCAUCAAUGGAUCGCUCAUCAACAUCAUCUAUCCCGUCUUUAUUCUAUUCCUUGCCGUACUUCUACUUUUCUCCCCUGUCAUUCCUGGAACAACGGCUCCGUUUCGCUGUCCUGAUGGUUGUGAUUGUGAUCACAUAAACGACAAAGUAGAUUGCACCGGGACGGGAAUUUCAUCCUUGAAUUUAAAUUUGUCCAUCAAUACUCGUGUCCUGUUGUGUGACGACAAUGACUUUAGAGCUAUUUCAACGGAGAACAUCAAUCUCACUCACUUGCGGAAACUUCGAAAACUUUCUUUUGCCAAUAAUGCGAUUACCGUUGUCCAUAGAGGAUCUUUUCAAGGUCUAGAAAAGAUUUUCUUUAUUGACCUCAGCAGAAACAGUCUUCGAAGUAUUCCUAGUGACAUCCGACUUUUGAGAUCGUUGAACACCCUUGAUCUCGAUGGGAAUGAUAUACAGUGGAUAUACCGGGAUGAUUUCCAUCCUGAAUCUAAACUGGAAGACCUCUCCUUGGCCCAUAACAAUCUACAAACCCUUGAAUCUGAUACCUUUACGAAUACUCAGUCUCUACUCUAUCUUAACCUCCAAAAUAACUCGAUCAGCAAUAUAAGUAGCCGAGCGUUCAUCGUUAAUGAGUUUCUUUUAGAGAUGGACCUGUCUUGGAAUCGACUAGGUUUCAACGAUCCUCUUUUACACGUCAGCGAUUGGUUCCAGUUACCAGCACUGAAUUUAAACAAACUAUCUCUCAGUCAUAACAUGAUACAGGGAUUCAUGAAGGGUGCCUUUGACAUGCUCACAGAGUUGCGGACGCUUGAGAUCCAAUUCAACACGAUCUCUCAUCUAAAUCACGAUGUCUUUCAGAAACUACAUUCUCUAGAGGUUCUACUGUCUAGUGACAAUCAAAUUGAAAGUCUGCCAUUGCAACUCUUUAAGAGAUCACCUAAUGUACACACUAUAGACUUCAGCAACAACCUAAUAUUCGAUGUUCCACCAGGAAUAUUUUCAACAAAUGAUGCUCCAGAUUCUAUCAAUUUUUCAAGUAAUAAACUAGAGAAUAUUGAUUGGGUCGUGCACACUUUCAGUAGUUUACGUGAGUUGUACCUCGGCGACAAUUCCCUCAGCUCUCUUCCAGAUAUAACAUUCAAAUUUUGUGUGAAUUUGGCGAUCCUCGAAUUGCAGAAUAACGCUAUAACGGAAUUUCCGAAGUUAAUGAAUAUGACGAAUCUAGAAACUCUAGAUUUGACGAACAACCUGAUAUCCGCAAUGCCAAAAGACACACGUUUCGACCAAUAUCCGCAUCUGACGUAUAUUUCACUCGCAUCAAAUAGACUAAUUACACUAGAUGAAGAUGUCUUCUCUUCACUUCCGCCAGUGGAGGCAUUCGAUGUGGCUGAAAACCCGUUCAAAUGUGAUUGCCAUCUUCUUUGGCUGGAUGACAUCUACGCCGCGUUAUGGAACGGGGAGGAAGUCCCACCAAACCUCGAAUCUUGGCUUCCUGCGACGUUUGAAAGCAUGAUAUGUGAUGAACCAAAAGGGUUUCGAGGUGAGGAAGUUGCCAGGUUGGCUGAAAACAGGAAUAACUUUGGGUGCUCUGCGUUCGCCAGCCGGAGAGGGGUGAUCGGUCUCGUUUUAGGGUGGCUGGUGCUCCUCUUAACAAUCGUCGUUGUUUAUUGGAGAUGGAAAAUUAAGAAGGCAAGGAGACACAUGCGAGCAUGGAAGACGAAACGGAGGAAGAAAAAGUUUAAGGACAAACUGAAACAACGCGUCAAAUCGGAUGAGGAUCAUGCAGACGGGCACGGGUUGAAUGGGAGAGUCAAGAUGUAUUCUCCUAGUCAGCAUGAAUACAUUAGUCAAUUCGAUCGUGACUCUUAUAAUUCCGUAGCAAAGACUGGGGAAAGAACUUACAGUCCUGCAUGUGUGUGUUUGUUACAAAACGAUGAUUCGAUGCAAAGCUGCGAUCUCCUAUCCGAGACCACCGUCUAACAUCGAUCUCGCGAAUUUGAGCAGAAUCGACUAAAUAUUUUUAAUGAAAUUCAAGUGCAAUUAUAUAAAUCAGUAUAUCGUUGUGAAAUCAUUAUGCACAUUUUAUACAGCUCAACUUUACAGAGAUACGUUAUAUAUAUUGUAUUUCUUAUAUAAAACAAGGGUGAAGGUAGAUGAACAUUGAAAAGUUAGGAUAUAUAUGGUGGUGUGUAUGAAUGAAUAGAUUUGCGGUUCCCCAUGUGGGUGAAGUUUUCACGAAUGCUGUUAAUCUUAAUGUAAUCAUCGCGCAUUUCCUUUUGUAUACAUUGAGAGUAGUAUUCUUAGUAUACAGAACGAUAUACCACAGUAGCAUUGUCUAUUGUUAGAAACUGAAAUUAAUUCUAACAUUUAAUAUUCAUAAUUAGAUAAAUAAUCAUAAGGAAUACAAAAUCAUUUCGACGGAGACCUUGUAGAAAUCGUAAAAAAACAAACGUUUUUUAAAUCACAAAAACUUCAUUAAUCCUGGUAGAAAUGGAGACUCGUGAAUUAGAAAAAAUAUUGAUUGGUCGGUAGAGUACAUUUAAUUUUUGUGGUUAGUGUUGUUUUGAAAGGAAAUCUGGUUUAUAUGGCAUGAAGUUUCUUAAUUUUGUUUUUCUUCUAUCUGACUUAUAAUUCAUACAUUAUAAAGGUAGAUAUAACGCCGUGGAAAAAAAUUCCUAAAUUACAGGGUUGUUACUUUUGUUGAAAUUGAGAAAGUGAAUGACGUUUUAAUACUCUUAUGUCCUUGUAUAAUGUCAUAUUUUUGGUGAUUAAUUAUUCUUUCGAUUUUUUAAAUUUAUUUAUUUAUUAUCAUUUUUUGUUUUUUGUUUGGGGGGUUAUAUUCUAUUAAAAUAACCACAUGAAAUACAUGGGUAUUUGAAUGAUAAUGCAUGAAUGUCGCACCAUUGUUUGUUUUAUCUUAAUUGAAAAAAAUGUACUAAGUACUAAGUAUUCCGACGUCUCGUAUACAGAUAACGCCACCCUUCUUCUAUUGGUAAUUUCCAAAUGUGUAUGCAGCCUAUCACGAAGAUUUAGCGCAUUUAGAAACAACUGAAAGUAUCAAACUUUUAUUGUCAACAAAACUAUGCAAAACACUUACAUUUAAAAGUAUGAUACUAUGGCUGUUCGUUCUCUCUUCUUAUAUGCUUUUGUAUGCUAUGACAUGUAUUCCUUGUAUGAAAUAUGUUUCAAUUAUAUCCUAUUCAAAUGAUCAAAUAUUACUUUUUUUUUAAUUCAUGUGUAUGUUGGUAUAUUCAAUUUCGUAUGUUUGCAUGUCUGUGUUUGAUUCCCAUAACCGGAAGUCAUUUCAGAUUCCAUUCCGUAAUUUAACUCAUUACGGAAUGGAAUCUAAAAUGACUUCCAGUUUUAUUUUAUGUGCUUUCAAAGUGAAAGCCCAUUUACAGUAUAUAGGGUCCGUAAAUAGACACAUUAUCACCAAAUAAACCCUAAACAAAUGUUGAAGAACUUCAUUGAUAAUAGUUUCUCCAAUGAGGCAAGUGUUAUUUAUUGUUUCUUUUCGAUUCGAAUGAACAACUUAUUAUGAUUGCUGAUGCCAUAAUUGAUUUGAUUUAUUUGAUUUAUUAAUCCCCGAAAACAUUUCUGAUUCAUCUCAAAGUUUCAUCAACAAAUUCUAAAAGAUUUUCGUCUUAAUAAGAAUGAUAAGUUAAGGGCAUUUGAUAAAGCAUAAACAAGUAGUUGUUCUUAUCAUUAUUUAUCAAUUAAAGUCUUUUAUUUUCAUUGAAAGUACUAACGAUUUGAUCAGUAUACACCAAUAUAAUUCCUGAUAAAAAAUCAUAAGCAAUCCCAUGUAACACCCCAUGGUUAACUGUCAACUUAAUUUAUUGUUAUACGAUGAUAGCCACUCCUUUUGCAUAUCAAGUCAAUCAUACUCUCUUGCAUAAAAGAUGCAACGAAUAACUGUUCUACCCUCCAGCGUUGAAAGAAAUUUCGAUGAAACACCAAUUUGAUAUAUGGGCCUUGGGAGACUGAGUGAGAAUACCAAACAUGUCUAAUAUUCCCCUAUCGUAGGCCUUCCAAUUUGGUUGGUUUUAAUUUGAAGUUUGACAGGAUGAAUUCAGAUCGAUCAACGCAACGCAUGGGACAAGUUAGAUGAUAACAUUUGUUGUUUUUGUCCAUCGAUAAUAUUUUUUAUUACCAAGCACCCUCAGUUAUGUUAUGCCGCGUCCUGUAAAGAAACGCAUAUUAAGUCAAUGAAAAGCGUGGUUAGAAUAAUGUAAAGGCCUAUUUAUAAGAUAAGUUUACUGGAUGGAAAGAACAUGCCCUGUUGUUCUUGUUUUUAUUUCGUAUAAUAAAAUCAGAUAAAAUACAUAAAAAGUAAUCAUACGGAGACGGAGAACAAAAUAUGGCUGGUAGCCCAUUUUCAGCUGCAACUAUAUUGUUGCUGCUGGUCUUCCAUGGGUCCAGUUUAUACAAUGUACAAAAUAUACAUAAUAUUAUAAAUGAACAGACCGUGGUGUCACCUAUACAGUGCGUAUAAAAAGUAUACCGAACUUUGGUAGAUUCGUAUUAAAAAGUGAUCAUCUGUGUGACCUUUAAAUAUACAUGUAUUUCAUUUUAAAGGAUAACUAAUAUUCUGCCCAAUGCUACCUUAUUCAUAACUCUGUUACUACGGAAUACUGAGCAGCAAUCUUUUUCACAAAUUAUUGUCAACAUUUUCUUUUACCAAGUUUGGCUGAAGCAAUGAAUUCGGGUCAAAAGCCCUUAGUCAUUGUUAUUUCGGUCCGAAAAUAAUUGCUGACUAAUUUGCAUCGAUUUUUAAAACUUGAAUAGACAGCGUGAAAUUGUCCACUCAGAUUAUAGAAAAGGCUUAUUUGCAAGCAAAAUUUAUGAUAUUCUCUUUGUUAUGAUGACACAUUCCUUGUCGUUGAGUCAUUUAAAAUGAGUAAACUUUACUUGGGACGCUAUCUUUUUUCAUGAAAGUCUACUGUCAAUAUUAUGUGGUAGUUAUCAGGAUGAGUUAGUUUUUCCAUUUACUAAAUCGUGUAGGUUAGUAAAUAUCUUAACCGAAGCAUAAAGCAGACUUUAACUUUUGUAAAGGAUUAACAACAAAAACAUGCAUAUGACCUGAACCACAUUCGAUGCAUCAGCACAAAUUCAGUACAAAGAGAUUCGAAUGGCACUUUGAUCACAUUUAUCAACUUUUAAUCAUAAGUAUACCAAAGUUGGGUAUACUUUUGAUACGCACUGUAUAUUCUUACAAACUGUGGACAUUAUUAUGCCAAACUGGAUGAUAUUCUUCCAAUCACUGAUCACAUUUUGUCAAAAAUACAUUUUGCACAAGAUAAUGUUAAUUUGGGCGUGAAAGUGCCAAAUUUCAGUUUGCCCAAUAUUUCUUAGAGAGAGUGCAACUAUUGCCAAUAACUACUCAAUAAAAUGGACUUAUUGAAAUGUUAUCUUGAUUAUGAAACCCAUUUUUAAAGUAUGGAAACCAUAAACAACAUAACGCAUUUCAUGAACUUUCAAUUAAAACCAUACUCAUUUCAACAGCAAUGUGAUAGCUUCAUCUUUUAUUAUUUGAAAUAUGUUAGCUUGAAUUAAAUUAUACCCUUCAUGUUAUCUAUUGGUUUGUUCUUCAUCUGUAUACUUGUAUAAGACAC